AACUAAAUCAAAGUGACAGCAAGUUAAAUUCAACAUAUUGACGUAAUAGUCUAUCGAUUUUCACACUAUCAUCUUUAAAACAUAAUCACUCAAACGCAAACGUGCGUCACCGAAGUAUUAUCUCGGAAUCAUUUUCAGUACACGUGUACGAUCACCUCGUUGGUGAAUCUCAGAAUCCAGAACAUACGUAUGUCAGUUGAUAUUCCAGAUAUUCCAUUCCUCAGCAAGAUGUCAACAGCUGGAAAUUGCGCGUUACGAAAAAUCAACGUCGGAAUUUUGUCCGCAUGCAUUAUUGGUUUAGGAUUAUCUUACUACGCGUAUGUCGUGGAAACUAAAAAGGAACAGGAUGAUUCAUACGAAGCAAUGUGCGAUAUUUCAGAGCAUAUCAGCUGUACCAAAGUGUUUAUAACUGAAUAUGGCAAAGGAUUUGGAUUAUUACCAAAAAAUUCCGCAUUUAACAUCCCAAAUCCAUUAUAUGGUUUAGUAUUUUAUACUCUGGUUGCAGUUUUAAGUACAAUUAAUAAUUAUUUCUGUUCUAAUGCUGUUAUUGCCUUGGGAAUACUUUCUAAUAUUUUGUCAAUAUACUUGGCAUAUAUAUUAUAUAUACUUAAUAAUAUUUGUAUAGUAUGCAUUGGUUCAUAUACCAUAAAUGCAACGAUUACAUUUUUUGCUAUUAAGAAAUUUCACAAAUUAUCCACACAAGAAGAAGAUGAAAUAAAUGUCGCACGCAAAAAGAAGAUGAAAUAAAUUUAAAAAACUUUAAUAAAUUUAAUUACAGUUCUUGCAAUUGGUCAAAAUGAUAUUGUAAUGGUUUUUUUACUGCACGCAUAAAUUUUAUUUUUUCUUAAAUAAAUAAAUUAAUUAAUUAUUCGCUUUCAUUUUUUAAAUAAAUGCUAUGAAAAACAUUUUUGAAAUAUAUACUAUAUAAAAAUAUUUUUAAAAAUUCAAAAUAUAUAUUAUAAACCAAAAAUAUAAGUAAUGUCAUCUAUAUGAAACUCGUAUAUUCAUUUAAUAAAAAUUAUGCGUGAUGAUAUAGAGGAUAUUUCAAAUUCUCGAUACUUUCUUUUAGUUAUUAUUUCUAACCGAAAGUAAUAAAUCAAUAAGUAAAAUUAUCCAUUAAUAAAAAAAAUAUAUUUCAAAACAUUUAAAGAAUAUAUUGAUGAUAGAAGAACAAUAGACAUGAUAUACAUUAUUUAUUAUAUAUCGAAAUUAGUAAUCUUAAUUUCUUUUUGUGAGGAUGUCAGUAAUUUAACUAUCGAGAAUACGUAGCAUAAAGUGUAAAAAGUACGAAGAAUUUUUUAAUAUUUAGGAAGAUUUGGAGCAAUUAUGUGUGAGUCAGUUUUUCAAUAUAUUUUCCAUUCUAGAUGUGAUUCAAUCCAGUUCACAUAAAAAGUUUGUAAAAAUAAAUUGCGCAUAUUGCAUAUUAAAA